AUGUCUCUCCGAUUUUCUAGUGGGUCCAGGCAUAUUUGCUUAUGGUCUGGAACUGGAUCUGUCAGACCAUCCAGUGGAGGCUCGGGCUUUGCAGGCAGCAAUGCAUGUGGCAGCUCUGUUGCUGGAAGUGGAUUUUCCUGUGCCUUGGGAGGGGGCCUGGGCAGUGUUCCUGGGGGGAGCCAUGCUGGUGGUGUCCUUGGAAACGCCGCUUGUUCUGGCUUUGCUGGAAGUGAAGGGGGACUUCUGUCUGGGAACGAGAAGGUGACCAUGCAGAAUCUUAAUGACCGCUUGGCAUCCUACCUGGAUAACGUGCAAGCUCUGGAGGAAGCAAAUGCUGAACUAGAGAGGAAAAUCAAGGGUUGGUAUGAUAAAUAUGGACCAGGAUCUUGCCGUGGACUUGAUCAAGAUUAUAGCAGAUACCACCUAAUCAUCGAGGAUCUUAAGAAUAAGAUUAUCUCGUCUACUACUGCUAACGCUAAUGUAAUUCUGCACAUUGACAAUGCCAGACUGGCCGCUGAUGAUUUCCGGCUAAAGUACGAAAAUGAGCUCGCCCUUCACCAAAACACGGAGGCUGACAUCAACGGGCUGCGGCGCGUCCUGGAUGAACUAACACUCUGCAGAACCGACCAGGAGCUGCAGUAUGAAUCCCUGAGCGAAGGGAUGAGGUACCUCAAGAAGAACCAUGAAGAGGAAAUGAAGGCGCUGCAGUGCGCGGCCGGAGGGAACGUGAACGUGGAGAUGAACGCGGCGCCCGGGGUGGACCUCACGGUCCUGCUGAACAACAUGCGGGCGGAGUACGAAGACCUGGCCGAGCAGAACCGCAGGGACGCGGAGGCCAGGUUCAACGAGAAGAGCGCCACCCUGCAGCAGCAGAUCUCCGACCACGCGGGCGCGGCCACCUCGGCCAGGAACGAGCUGACCGACGUGAAGCGCACCUUGCAGACCCUGGAGAUCGAGCUGCAGUCCCUCCUGGCAAUGAAACACUCCCUGGAGUGCUCCCUGAGCGAGACUGAAGGCAACUACUGUGCACAGCUCGCCCAGAUCCAGGCUCAGAUCGGGGCCCUGGAGGAGCAGCUGCACCAGGUCAGAACCGAGACGGAGGGCCAGAAGCUGGAGUACGAGCAGCUGCUCGACAUCAAGGUCCACCUGGAGAAGGAAAUCGAGACCUACUGCCGCCUGAUUGAUGGAGACGGGAACUCAUGCUCCAAAUCAAAGGGCUUUGGAUCAGGAGGCUCAGGGAAUUCACCUAAAGAAUUAUCCAAAACCACAUUGGUAAAGACAGUGGUUGAAGAGAUAGAUCAACGUGGUAAAGUUCUUUCAUCGAGAGUUCACGCCUUUGAAGAAAAGACAUCUAAAGUGGCCAGUGGCAAAACAGAGCAAAAGGUUCCAUUCUAGCCACCGUCGAGAAAAAACAAUCUGGGAAAAAGGAUCCUGUACAACUGCAUUAUUCUAAAUAUCAAGGAAAUUACAAAAAAAAAAAAACUUUCUACCCUUACGGAUAAUUUACUUAGCAAAAAUACUUGUUUUCUUAGUUAACUUUUACAGGGUCUUGGGUGUUUGUUUUCAAAUAAAUAAAAAAAUAGAUGUGCACUCAUUUCCAUUCACCCAUAACUAAUAAACAAUUAUUUGAGAUUUAUUUUUUUUC